UGCAUGCAGCCACGGAUAACAUGCUUUGGACGAGCAUGACUGUAACAUUUAGCAGGCACUCGUCCUUAAGAAUAUCUGUCAGCAUUAUGUGUUGGUUUGUUGAUUGUGUGACUUCCAUUGAAGCCUGAACAAAGUAACGUAUCCUUUUUCAUCAGCUAAAUGCUUUCCAACUGUUUCACCUGCACAAAAAACCACAGCCCAAUUAGAACUAGAAACCAAAAAUUGCAUAUAGCAUUGGAAGUGUGCAUUGGGUUAGGAAGACAGUGCAAGAAAGCAUGAAUUGCUCUCAUUUCAUCUCAUAAAACCAACAUUUUCAACCCCAUUAAAACCCCAUUAUUCCUCUUCAAAUUUCAUUUCAGGCCAAGAAUGAAGCCGGGAAGCUUCAAACCUCUGCAAUUUCUAGUGUUCAUGAUAGCAAUGACAUGCUUUGUGGAGCCAAGCAAAGCCAAGUUCUGUUCAAACAGCUUGAUUUCCACGUUGGUUCAGCUAAUUCCUUGCAAGCCAUCAUUGUCGCCAUUCAGCCCCAUGCCACCAAGUCUUCUCUGUUGCCAUGCGCUCAAGACUCUCGGCCAGCCAUGUCUCUGUGCAGUGUUGGACGCCCCCCCUGUUUCUGGUAUUGAUUACAACGUGGCCAUGUUGCUUCCUCAGAAAUGCGCUUUGAAUUUCCACCCAUGUUUUUAGAAGAUGGAGGAUGGUGAGGUGUUUGAAGAUGAUGAAUAAAACUGCUUGUUAUGUUUUGAUAUCAUGUGGUUGGAUAUAUGUUUUAUGAAAAAAAUAAAUGUUUGUUUCAACUUUCCGAUCGAAAUUUAUAGAAUAUCGAGUUUGAUCAAUAUUGAGUUA